UAGAUUUCCGGGCGCUCCCCAGGUCUGGAGAUUGGGCGUUUGAAGAAAGCACCUGCUGCAGUCUUUCUUGUCGAAAUAUUUUGGCUUUUAGUCGGCCAAACAACUCGAAAGCUGAACUUUCAGAGAGGUUACAAAUGAAACAAUUUCCAUGAUGUCGACUGUUCUUGCAUUGUGUGACAUUACCAGAGGACUUCCGAUAUUGACCCAUUUGAAACAACUCAGCCAUUUGAUUCGUAUUCACACUUUGACCGAGGUCUUCUAAAGGUGCCAUUAAGAGAGAAGUGAAUAUAAUAUUGUGGUUCUUUCAGAGCAAAUGAGGAUCCACCACUGAAUUACGCUAACUGUGCUGGUCGUCACUGUCCGUUUGACAUUGAGUACGAAGCAUGUGUGCUGGAUUUGGACAAGCCAUGGGAGGAGUUCAUAGUGAAGCGGUCCAUGAACCCCAUCUCCCACAUCGUGUGGGAUCCAAGUGGAAGCAAGUUGCUCAUUGUCGACUGCGAAGGGAUGUUUGAAGUCUGGCACAUGGAGGCUCAUCUGGUGAACAAGUGGAGCGUCUUGUACAAGAGGUUCGUGAAGGGGGAGGAGGUACUAGCUCUGGCCUGGAUCCACAACGGUCUGCAGAUUCCUUUCAACCCCGACAAACGCGAGUGUAUUCUCUUUGGAGAGAAGUUUCCCCGAGCCAAGUUCAGCCCCACGAUGGCUCACUUUGGCAGCAAGUCGCUGGAUGGCUGGGUGGCGGUCACGGCUACAGGACUGAUUUGUGUUGGGCUCAUCUUCGACCGAGAGAAACAGCUGAUCACCGCCGAGGAGAACCUCGCUCCGUUUCACCUGCGUUUGUCAGAGGCCGACAUCUCGUUCGCCAGCUCGGGCGAGAUCCUGGUCGCCACGAGCGACGGGCUCAUGUCGUCCACCAUCCAGUGCUUCACGGUGCGCAUCUCGCUCCAGCAGGGCCAGUGCGCAGUGCAGUGCGAGGCAAGCGCCAGCCUCUACAUGAAGAGCCAGAUGGACUACAAUGGCACCAACAACGACGAUGGCAGCCAGGCGCUGCACAUCACCAACCUCAGCUUCAUGAACCACGAGAGCAGCGACACGCUGCUGGUGGCGUGCGGCGGCCAGGGCUACAGCUGCAUCGAGGUGUGGCAGCUGGUGGACCAGGCGCUGUCGCUGCACCGCAUGUUCCAGAAGCAGCAGACAGGCCAGGAAGUGGCGUACAAGACGCCCAGGUGGGUGCACACGACCACCAUCACCCACAACUCCAUACUGACGGGCAUCGCCAAACCCAUCAUCCCGCUGGCCAGGAGCUCGGCCGAUCCGCUCGGAUUCGUGUCAUACUUCGCCGCGGCCUACAAGGACGGCUCCAUCAAGGUGAUGAAUCGGUACUCGUAUCAGGUGAUCUUCGCCUGUAAUCUUGACAGUCUGGUCGGCGUUCACCACAUUCCGAAUUUGGACAUGGAGAAGGUGUCCCGGGUUCCGUAUCUGUCGACCGUCGUCCAGACAUGGACGGGGUCCGGUUUGGUCGGGAUCAGCGGCAGUCGGGCGUUCGUAUUCCAGGUGGUGAACACUCGGGACGGACCCAUACAGCUGAUGCCCGGCGCCCUUGUCCAUCUGCUGGAGUACAUCGUCAACACCGGCAACGACUGGUGGGACGUCCUCCUCAUCAUCAGUCCAGGUAUGAUAGACCGGAUCUGCCGGCGCCUGUCGGAGGACUUCCAGAAGCAGCCCAUCUCGAUGCAGGAGUUGAUGCGUGUGCGACUCAUCCGACUGAAGAUCGGCCUGUACAGCUGUGUGCCAGGCGGUCACCAGAAAGCGGCCGACUGUCACGCCAAACUCUCACUCUAUGCCAUAUCGUCAGUCCUCAAGGGAAUGCUGCGUCCCAAGGUUGUGGCCGCAACUGAUAAAAGUCCCUCUGAGAAGUUGUCCAACAUUUGCACGACCCACCUCGACACGGACCUGGACAGUGUGUUGGCCAAUCUGGACACAGACGAGUUUAUCAUGGAGGUGAUCAAAAAAGAAAAGUGUACAGAGACCACUCUCCAGUCCCUCCAACCGUUCACUCAGUGGGUGACAGACUUUGCCCUUCAUCUUCUGUCAGCAAUCCCUCUGUACCGGACGUACUCCGGCUUCCGGGGCGCAUCCCUCCUCAAAGACGAACUCAUUCUCACCACCCUCAGGGAACUCGUCAUCAUCAUCCGCAUCUGGGGCCUCAUCAACCCGGCCUGCCUCCCGCACUUCUCGUCCACCUCGCACGUUGACGUCCUGGCCAUCAUCUACAAGCUGCUCACCCGCGUCUGGCUGUACUGUCAGGACGGGGGCAGUCUGGAGUACGACGAAGGACUCAUGGACGAGUGCUGUGAACUCCCCAACAAACUGUCCGUGCCCAACAUGAAGCAGAGCUACGGGGAGGAGAACUGCAGCUACGCCAUCUUUGGGCAGGAUUUCCCACAGAUGUUCUCUCUGGGCGUGGAGCCAGAUUUCCUGAGCGAGACAAAGCGGGAACGGUGCAUGUACAUGCCCGAUGGUAUCGUGGAGACAACACAGAAACACGAUGCCAUCAGACAUAUCCAUCUGGGUUCUAGGUCGCUGAAUGGAGUUCGAGAGUGUUGCAGGUGCGGUGCCCUCUCAUUGGCGAAUAUGACGGCAAAAACGACGACCAUGAAGUCAUGGGAACAGAGAUUCGUCAAAACGUGUAUGUGUGGUGGACUCUGGAAAUUAUGCAAUACUUGAAAUGUUUUAAAUAAAAAUUGUGAAAACAAAAUGGCAAACAUAUUUCAUGGAAUAUUUAAUACAUUCACCAAAGAUCAUGUUGUAAAAAAUUUCAUGUGUACCAGUAAAGUUUUGGAAGACAA